AUGACCACAGCGUUAUGGGGUAACAGUGGGGCGAUGUGUGUCACUUCUGAGGAAGCCCCAUUUUCCCAGAAAGCUACCGAUGGGUCCCUGCGAAGCGAGGACUGGGCUCUCAACAUGGAAAUCUGCGACAUCAUUAACGAGACUGAAGAAGGGCCCAAAGAUGCCUUCCGGGCCAUUAAGAAGAGAAUUGUAGGGAAUAAAAACUUCCAUGAAGUUAUGCUGGCUUUGACGGUCCUGGAGACAUGUGUCAAAAACUGCGGCCAUCGCUUCCACGUCCUUGUAUCCAGCCAGGACUUUGUAGAAGGAGUCCUGGUGAGAACAAUCCUGCCGAAGAACAAUCCACCUGCCAUAGUACAUGACAAGGUGCUGACCCUCAUCCAGUCCUGGGCGGAUGCCUUCCGCAGCUCACCGGACUUGACUGGUGUCGUUGCUGUCUAUGAAGACCUGAGACGGAAGGGCCUGGAGUUCCCCAUGACUGAUCUGGACAUGCUGUCACCCAUCCACACGCCACAGAGGACUGUGUAUAGCUCCAACUCCCAAUCUGGACAGAACUCACCUGCAGUCAACUCCCCUCAGCAGAUAGAGUCCAUCCUCCACCCUGUCACCCUGCCCACCGGGAGGGGCACAUCCAGCGACGUGCCCAUCACACCCACACCAGAGCAGAUUGAGAAGCUGCGCAGUGAGCUGGAAGUGGUGAAUGGGAACAUGAAGGUCAUGUCGGAGAUGUUGACAGAGCUGGUGCCGUCCCAGGCCGAGCCUUCUGACCUGGAGCUGCUGCAAGAGCUGAAUCGGACAUGCAGAGCCAUGCAACAGCGUGUGCUGGAGCUGAUUCCCCGUGUCCUCCAUGAGCAACUCACUGAGGAGCUGCUCCUCAUCAAUGACAACCUCAACAACGUGUUUCUGCGCCAUGAAAG